GUCAGAAUUAUCCAAAGGUAGAGAGAAAGAAAAAGGCGCGAUAAGCGUAAGACAACAAGGAGCGGAGUACGCGGAGAGUUCGAGUACAUCACUCCGAUCUCUCCGGCAUCAAGAUAAGUGAUGUUUUGUCCUGCCCAAGACUAUAAGAAAAGACGAGAACCCUUCGCAUCAUGAAGUACAUCUUGCAGACUCUGUAGCCUAUAACUUCAACCCCACAAUGACACGCCUGCAAUCCACCGAAAUCAAAGCCCUUCGUGCUGCCGCGCCCCCUCUUCCUCUCAUUCCUGCCCCAGCCGUCUCCUCUGAUGAGUAUAAAUCACCCUAUACUCAGAAAAAACCAUCAGCAAAGCAACUAGACCACCACCUCAGCCUCGAAAGCCGGAACUUUACCGGCUCAGCGUUGAAAAAGGGGUCCAGCCCAAGCGGUCCGCGCAAGAUCAUCUCCUUGGGAACAGGACGACCAACAGCGGACUAUUAUCUUUGGGAAUCUAUAAGCCUGAAUGAGGCUUCUCCAGAACCGACAAGUAAAGCUACACCAAAACCCAAUCUACAAUUACCCAAAGAACAGGAAAACCGCCACUCAGCGAACACAAUAACCAAACACGGUUUAACAUACAACCUUUCAAUCGCAAUGAACUACUGCCUCGCAAACGGAUCAGCACACUUACUCCGAUUCAUCACCGAGCACGUUGAGCUCGUUCACAAUCCCCCUUAUGCAGACUGGGCAACAUUCCUCUCUUGUGGAGCGACUGCCGCGACGGAGGUGGCAUUUAGAAUCUUCUGUAAUCGCGGGGACACCAUUCUCGCGGAGCAAUAUACGUACCCCGGAACACUAGAAAGUGCUGCGUUGAAUGGGGUUAAUGUCCAGGGGAUUGAGAUGGAUGCGGAUGACUUGCGGGCUGAUGCAAUGGAUGAGGUACUUUCCUCUUGGGAUGAUGCUCAGUCUCCCAGGCCACGCGUGCUGUAUACUAUCCCAACGGGUCAGAAUCCGACGGGAGUCAGCCAAUCUCGGGAAAGGCGCAGAGCUGUCUAUGAUGUCGCAGAGAAACAUGAUCUCAUUAUCAUCGAGGAUGACCCGUACUAUUUCUUGAGGAUGGGUCCUUACCACAGCCAUCACUAUGAGGCCAACGAAACGAAUGGUACUGAUACCAAUCACCAUGCCUACGAGGACGAAGCCGCUCAGGUCUACCGCUCCGAGUCCAUCCCCUCCUACCUCGCCCUCGACACAUCCGGGCGCGUGGUACGUCUCGAUUCAGCAUCCAAGAUCCUCGCUCCCGGGUUGCGCGCCGGCUGGGUCACGGCAUCCAGGCAUAUCAUCAAUAAGUUCAACGCAUACCAGGAAGUAAGCACUCUAGCUGUUAGCGGCCCCUCCCAGCUUAUGCUGUGGAAUCUGCUCGAUGAGAACUGGGGGCAUGAUGGGUUCACCACGUGGCUUGUUCACCUCUCGCGAGAGUAUCGCUGGCGGCGGGAUGUGCUUCUUGAUGCUUGCAACAAGUAUCUGCCCAGGGAGAUUGUGCAGUGGAAUGCACCGGAGUUCGGCAUGUUUUUGUGGCUUAAAGUUGGCUGGAGACAGCAUCCUGGGCUUAAGGGCUUGUCUGAUUUGUCGCUGGGAGAGGUUAGUGCGCAGAUAGUUGGGUUGGAGGAGAGAAUUGUUGCUAAGGCUUUGGAGAAGGGAGUGCUUGUGACUAAAGGGUCGCUGUUCGCUUCGAAUCAGGAAAGGGAGGACCAUCUGCAUUUUCGGAUGACGUUCGCCGCUGCGGAGGAGGGAGAUCUGAAGGAGGGGGUGAGGUUGUUUGCGGAGGCUGUGUGUGAAGAGUUUGACCUAGGAAACUAA